AUGCGUUGCGACACCAACAGACGACGUCAAGGACCAGAGCAACAACCAAUUUCUGCGACUACCAAAAAGUGAGCAACAUCGUUCUUUUGAAACUCUCCCUUUCAUUCAAUUGAGUCAUUCAUGGCUAACGUUCACGUAGAAGUAAGAGAUCGAAUUUACAGUCUUCUUUUCGUUCGCCCGAGUGGCAUAGUCCCAUGGUUCCUGUGGGACUAUGGCAACCGAUUCCAUGGCCUAUUUGGAAAACCAAGCACGCCAAUCUGGGUCAAUAUUCUCAAAAUUACGCGUUCGAUGAUGUAUGCUCCUGCUACAGAACCGGGAUCCAAUGUCACCCCAAUUGUCGAGUCCUCGACAUAACGUGGACAACACCCGCUACCAUUGAAGAUGAACUUGCCCUCUUGGGUUUGAAGACAACCUCCGAAUUCUCGCAGCUCCCUGAUACAGUGAACUUGGUAAAUGGAAGGGAAGAGAGAACGAGCAACUACGUUCAUAUUCGCGGCGAUGGCAGUCGGGAAAUCGUGCACAAGGUGUCGAGAACUGUCAAUAAUCUUGAGGGAAUCAAUUUACUUGCUACGUGUAAGCAGAUCAACGAGAAAGGAAGUAGGGUGUUAUAUAGCGAGAAUCUCUUCGUUUUCAACAUUGUUCAGAACAUUUAUGAGGAAAAAGACAUCUGCGAAUUUGCGAUCACCGAUGAUCUUUCGAGCCUCGCAGACAUAGUUCCAGGUAUCUCGCGCCAUGGAUACCGUCCCAUUCCAUUUCAAGAAUCUGCAGCAAUGAAACAACUUUUCACCAAGAAAACUCGCUCUAUACAGCAGCAGGAUUAUGUCAGACAAGAUGUUUUCCUAAGCUUCUUGAACAUCAUUGGAAUGAAGAAUGCCUCAUUUCUGAAGAAGCUCAAAAUAGAGGAUAAAUUCUUUCCUAUCGAAAUUGACCACAGACCACAAACUUAUACCGUCGGGAUUGACGAUAGGCUAAGAACUUAUACUACCAUUCUCAAUCGGCUUGAAUGCGACAUUCAGAGCCUAACCUUGGACAUCUAUAAAGGGUUCAAAAUCUGUGCUUUAUGGGAACUGUCUAUCCUUGAAGACCCAGAUUUCACUCGACGUGCCCUCCCACAAGAAGCGCUUAUGAUGCUGGAUUACGUUGUAGGUAAUGUAGUUCAGCAACUACCUACCCUGCAACAUCUUCAACUGGGAGCCUAUGGUUCAAAAUUCAAGUUGCCUCAACAGUUUGAUGAGUGGGGUUGUGUGGUUAGGUGGAUGAGAUUUGUUCGGCAACGUUCCUCAAGGAAGAUUACUCCACGGCCAAUUGAAGAAAUCAUGCGUGAAAUCGAAAGAGAAGCCAGUUACUACUUAGCCUCUAAUGCUAUCGCUUCCACCACCACAAAGGGGGACGAGCCAAGUACGGAGAAACUCCCAGAUGAGGAACAGGGUCGAAGCUUGAAAGACGAAAAGUGCCAUGAGCCAAAUGAGAGUGAAGACCUGAUUGAGUUUUCAGACAACGGUUCAAUAGCGUCAUCAAAAGUUAUUGAUGAAAAUACAAAUGAUACGACUGCAGUGACGGAGGUAGAGAACCAAAUGGGUCGCUUGGGCUUGGGACCCUGA